AUGGGCAGUGUGUGUCGCGACGGUGGCGGCGAAGUGCGACGAGUGACAGGCAUCGCAGAGCGACCACAACUGACCGACUCGUUUUCUUGUUUUCUAGUCGGCGACCUGUUGGUCAAGAAUGUGUCCGUGCAGGCAAUGUCCGACAGUUCGGCUUUCGUUUCCUGGGAGCCGUCUACCGACCAUAGAGUUCACGGAUACAAGGUAAGCAUUGAUUGGUUUGACGCACUUUCAUUUUCGCCUUUGAAUCGCCUUCUCUCCCUGCGGAUGUACUUUUCUUUCCUCUCCUUUACUUGGAAGUUUUUCUUCUGCACUAGUAGCCAUCGCUGCGUUAAUUACUCUUUUCGCUUUACUUUGGUCAAUUUCCAUCUGUUGUGA